CCUGUUUAGGUGUCAACUCCAGUGACCCUGCCGAUCGGCAACUGGGCCCUUCGAGUCAUUACCAGGAUGAAGAACUCCACUGCCCGCGAAAUCUACGACUUCGACCAGGACCUGUACAUCCUGUUCAACCCGUGGAAUGCUGAUGACCAAACCUACAUGGAGGACUGCACCCUCCUCCAGGAGUAUGUGCUAAACGACGUCGGCAAGGUGUGGGUGGGCCCCAUCAAGACCACCAGAGGCAAGCCGUGGUUCUUCGGCCAGUUCGACGCGGUGGUGCUACCAGCCUGCAUGUUUAUGCUGGACCGCGCUAACAUGCCUUUUCACCAGUAAGUGGUCUAUUGUAAAACGACAG